GUUUUGCAAGGAAGGCACAGCACGCGGGUAAAUUGCUCCCCAAGGCUCUUGCGCCCCAAGCCUCGUCACCAACUCCAAGAAUAGUAUAUGGGCUUUCAUUGAUUUGGCUGCUAAUUCAAGCUACAGCUAUGGCCACGAAUACGGAAAAUGAAUCUACAGUCUCAAGAGAAGUAGAAAAGCCUCCAAUUGAGCCUAUACGGUUGCCUUCGGUCGAGGAGAUUCGAGGCCAAGACAUUUGGAACAACUGUGCUGUGCGUAGUGUUGUUAGUGGAGUUAUGGGUGGUGGGCUUGGAUUGAUGAUGGGCUUGCUUCUUGGGGCGUUAGACACUCCUCUAAUGCAAGACGAAAUGACUGGCAGACAGCAGUUCAUAUACCAAGCAAAGCAGAUGGGCCGGAGGAGUUGGAGUUCUGCAAGAGCAUUUGCAGUUAUGGGGUUUGUUUUCUCAGCUGCUGAGUGUGUUGUUGAAAAGGCACGAGCUAAACAUGACACAACAAAUACAAUUGUUGCUGGAUGUGUAACUGGAGGUGCGCUGUCAGCAAAAGGCGGUCCACAAGCAGCCUGUGUUGGCUGUGCUGGUUUUGCUGCAUUUUCAGUGCUGAUAGAGAAGUUUUUGGAUAGACAUGAUUGAAUUUGAGGGCAUUGCUAUGUUGCCCCAUUUUUGCAGACUAAAAGUACACAGAUCAGUAGAAGAGAAAUAGCAUCUUGGCCUGCAGUAAUACAGAUGUUUUUGCUUAGAUUCAACUUCAGCCCUUGUUAUUAUUAUUUAUCCCCGUUUAUGAAGGGAUGUACCAGCUAAAUUACAAAGCCAAUCAUUUUGUAUUAUGUUAUUCUGUUGACUGCAGUUCCAGUUUCAUAAUUUCAACAGAGGAUAUGUAACUGAGGAAA